AUGCAGGGCGACGAAUCAGACGGCGCGAUCGCGGGCGAAAGAGUCGCGGCGCUGAGAGCAGUGCAAGCGCGCCGGCAGGAGCUGCUGCAGGCGCUGCGGGCGUUGGAUGAGGAAGAUCGACGGUUGAGAUUAGGCGAGGGGCGAGAGACGGAGGGGGAGAGACGGAGAGAAGGGGGUGACGACGGUAAGCGAAAGCAGGAGAUUCGGGAAGCGGAGUGCGGGCAAGCGGGCGGAGGGAAGCGCAGCGGCGGAGUGGAGAGCGCGAGCGGAGCGGAAUCCAAUGCGCGCUCGCCGGCUGCUGACGGCCCCGCGAUUGGGGCAGUGGAGGGGGGGAAUGUCGGGGAUAGGGGCGAUGGCGGAUUGCCAAAAGGGGGCGCGGCACAUGAGGGAGCGGGCGCGGAAGCGAGUGGCGGGGCGGACGUGGGGGGGCGCAGCUUCGAGGCGGAGCACGCGUUGAGCGCGCGGGAGGUGCAGCGGUACUCCCGGCAGCUCAUGCUGCCAUCGUUCGGCGUCGCAGCGCAGCAGCGGCUGAGGCGCGGGUCCGUGCUGGUGGUGGGCGCGGGCGGGCUGGGGUCGCCAGCUGCGCUCUACCUCGCCGCGUGUGGCGUGGGGCGCAUCGGCAUCGUGGACAGAGAUGACGUGGAGCUGUCCAACCUGCACAGGCAGGUCCCCUGCAUGCCUCCUCCUCUCACCCAUGCCCCCUUUUACCGCGGCCUGCCUGUCUGUGCGGUGUGUGUGGGUGGUGGGCGCAGAUCAUCCACUCGGAGGCAACGGUGGGUCGCCCCAAGACUGAGUCCGCUGCUGCUGCCUGCACCAGGUGAUGCUGAGCUGGCGCCAGGUGAUGCUAAGCUGGCACCAGGUGAUGCUGAGCUGGCACCAGGUGAUGCUGAGCUGGCACCAGGUGAUGCUGAGCUGGCACCAGGUGAUGCUGAGCUGGCACCAGGUGUUGCUGAGCUGGCACCAGGUGAUGCUGAGCUGGCACCAGGUGCUGAGCUGGCACCAGUGGAGACGCACAGCCACGGCUUCACACCCGCCAACGCCGUUCAACUCGUCUCCAGCCCCACACCUUGUCCCGCAUUCCCCCUCCCUCCAUCCCCCAUACCUCCUCUAUUCCUCAUCCCUUACCUCCUCCCGCCCUCAUCUGUACCUCAUCUCCCCCGUGCGUGCGGCGCCACCAUCCCACUGCGUCAUUGCCCUGCCUGCCCCUGCCACCGCAUGUCGCCCCAUGGCACAUCACAUCGCAUCAGCUACGACGUGCUGGUGGACGCGUCUGACAACGUGGCCACGCGCUACCUCGCCAGCGACGCUGCUGUCGCCGCCCGCAAGGUGCCACGCUGCCUUCAUGUCUGUUCUGCUUUACAUCGCGCUCCCACCGUCUUCUCAGCCCCUUGCCAUUCUCCCUGCCUGCCUGCCUCACCUCUCCUCUCCCCCCACCCCUGCGCCCCUGUGCAGCCGCUGGUGUCAGGAGCAGCGCUGGGCACAGAAGGACAGAUCACGGUGUACUGUGCGUCGUCCACAGCGCCGUGCUACCGCUGCCUCUUCCCCUCGCCGCCUCCCACCUCCGCCUGCCAGCGCUGCUCCGAUAGUGGCGUGCUGGGCGCAGUGCCGGGGGUGAUAGGAGCACUGCAGGCGGUGGAGGCGGUGAAGGUGCUGGCGGGGGUGGGGUCGCCCCUGUCAGCGCGCAUGCUCGUCUACGACGCCCUCGCCGCCUCCUUCCUCAACGUGAAGCUGCGCAACCGAGUGCCAACGUGUGUGGCGUGUGGCGAGGGCGCCAGCAUGACAGCAGACAGCAUCAGCGCCUUCGACUAUGAGGCGUUCACCUCCUCGCCCUUCCAUGACCAGGUGCCCUCCUGCCUGCUCCUCGCGCCGUGCACCAAGCGCCAGCAAUGGGCAAUGAUUGUUUGCCUGCAUUGCGUCUCUCACCCUACCUGUUUCUCCCUCACCACUGUUCACACACAAUCCACGCCCCCACUCUCUACUUGCCCUCACCCCCUCAAACCCCCACCCCCUCCCUGUCGCCCAACUCUCCAGGGUCCCAAGUCCCUGGCGCUCAUCCCUGCCAGCCAGCGAGUGCCGCCCGCCGCUCUGCUCGCGGCCCGGCAGCAGCGCCGCCCACACGUGCUGCUGGACGUGCGCCCGCCCCACCUCUUCUCCAUCGCGCACCUGCCCGGCGCCAUCAACACACCCCUCGCCUCUCUGCCGGCCGCCCUGGACAAGAUCAAAUCAGCCGCCCAGGCAGCUGCCGCGUCAGCCUCGUCCACAGCAUCACAGCAGGCAGGUCAGCCGGCAGCAGCGGCAGAGGAGCAGCAGGGCGGGGCGAGUGGGGAGGAGGAAGGGGCGGAGGCGGAGGUGUUUGUGGUGUGCCGGCGGGGCAAUGACUCACAGCGCGCGGUGAGCGUGCUGAGGGAGGCGGGAGUGGCUUCCGCUGUGAGUGUGGAUGGUGGCAUGCUCGCUUGGGCUCAGGUCGACCCCUCCUUCCCUGCCGUCUGA